AUGAAUGACCAGAACAAGGCAGCCAUCGCAGCUGCUGGUGGCAUUCCUCCGCUGGUAGCGCUUGUCACAAGUGGCAGCGAUUCUGCCAAGGAACCGGCUGCAGGUGCUUUGCGAAACUUGGCAAUGAAUGACCAGAACAUGGCAGCCAUCGCAGCUGCUGGUGGCAUUCCUCCGCUGGUAGCGCUUGUCACAAGUGGCAGCGAUUCUGCCAAGGAACAGGCUGCACGUGCUUUGAUAAACUUGGCACUGAAUGACCAGAACAAGGCAGCCAUCGCAGCUGCUGGUGGCAUUCCUCCGCUGGUAGCGCUUGUCACAAGUGGCAGCGAUUCUGCCAAGGAACAUGCUGCAGGUGCUUUGGGAAACUUGGCAUUGAAUGACCAGAACAAGGAAGGCAUUGCAGCUGCGGGUGGCAUUCCUCCGCUGGUAGCACUGGUCACAAGUGGUAGCGAUUCUGCCAAGGAAUGGGCUGCAUGGGCCUUGGGAAACUUGGCAUGGAAUGACCAGAACAGGGCAGCCAUCGUGGCAGCCGGCGGAGUCCAAGCUCUUCAGGAGAUGGUCAAAGAUGGCAAGAAGGUGGUGCACCGACAGGUGGCCAAGGAAGCUCUGAAGCAUUUUCCCCGCGAGUCCGACUCUGCAGAGGGCGGCACCAAGCUUGGCAGCGAUCCGGCGACAAAGCCGAGCACUGUUGUCUCCGCGGAGAAGCUUCGGGGUGAGAUCAGGACGCUGGAAUCUGGAAACGAAGAGCUGAAGGCCAAAGCAGCCGAGCAGCUCGGAACUGCGGCAGCCGUUUCGGAUGAGAAUAGAGUGGCCAUCAGCAGAGAAGGUGGAGCUGAGGCAUUGGUGGCUUUGCUGGUGACUGGCAGCGAUGAUGCCAAAUGGCAUGCUGCCAGGGCCUUGCGAAAUCUCGCAAACAAUUGUGAGGCCAAGGAGGCCAUCCUGAAGGCCAGUGGGAUUGCCACAUUGGAGCCUGUUGUGAGGCACGCGAAAGGGAAGGUGAAAGAGGCUGCGGAUGAGGCUUUGAGACUUCUGUCUCAAAAGCAGGAAACCAAGUCCAUCCAGGCGGCAACAGGACACGGAGAGAUUGCAGAAGCAGGAGACACAAUUCCAACUGGGGAAGGCACUCGGGUGGCCAUGUUUUCUGCCAGAUUCGAUGAAGGCCCGAUUGAACAGAAAACCCGCAAAGUGUUCAAGAUUCUAUGUGACCGAAAAUAUGAUAUCCUCAUGGUGGCUGCAGAUGCUGGCCAAAGCUUCGGGGAUUUGACCACCAAAUACCUGGGGCGGCUGCACAAAGAACAUGGCACCAUGAUUGCUGUGUGUACCAAGCACUACGGCGAGAUGACUGCUUCUGCUUAUUCCUCCCACAAGGAGCUGAAGUUUGCCCUGGACUACGAGGAAUUUGUGAAAGUCUUGCCGCUGAGGGUGGAUGACACGUACCCGCCAGAGCCACCAG